ACAGAACAGAAAGGCAAAAACGCGCAUUCUUCGUGUUUUGUUUAACCGGGCUCGCCAUAUCGGCUCUAUCACUUUCGUUCACGUCGUCAUCAAAGCCGGUGUUCUUGUGUGGUGUAUUAUUCGAACCAUAUGGAGAAGAUCUGCUUGGGCUACACACUGCUGUCCGCGUGCUUGGUCUUCAUUAUUAAGGAUUUGGUCGCAUUUGGUUUUUAUUCUGCACUUCACAAUAAAACAGCAAAUACUUGCCAUAACAAAUUCCAACUGUGUGAUUUUAUCCAUUUUUGUUGAAAAAUGAGUUCUUCAAUUGACUCAUCGUCCAUCCGUAGUGCCGUCUACCAAGUCUAUCAGGGCUAUACGUUCUACGAGUUUGUGCAAGAUCAGAAGAAUGCCCUGGCCCACUCCGUCGAGAGCAUCCCAGUGGAAGAUGCUACGCACCAGAUCGAGCUGGCACUAAGCUUCAUGAAGCACUACAUGGAGCAGGACAGCGAUGGUCUGACGGAUCAACCGGAUUGUAAGCACCGCGUGAUCAUCGACACGCGGAAGUCGAUGUUCGAAAUGCUGUUGGAUCUACACUCAUCGAUGCGAGCCACGUGCAAUGGCUUUAGCGUAUAUUUCGCCGAAGGAGAUAGCAGGAAGGCUGCAUUCGUUGAAAAGCUUUUGAAGUAUCCGAAAUUCGAAGAUGGUGCUGAUGUAGUGCGCAUUCCGGAGAUUUCUUUCGAAGUGUCCUUCUGUACGAUGGUAAUCUACGAGUCGAGUGACAUAGAAUCAGCAACUGAUGUGCUUGCGAAGGCUUGGGUGAACAGCUCAGUUCCAUGGGUGAUCCGUAAUUUGCUGGUACAGGAAACCGUACAGGAGAAGUUUAUCCAGCUGUUGGAAAAUAAACUCAAACCGUUUUCUACAAAUCACAUUCCAUUUCAAGAUGAUUUGCAAAGCGCCAUCGCCAAAGCUUCCUCAAUAGGAUUAAGAGUUAUCCGUCCCGAAGAAACUAAGGAUUCUUCGACUCCGGCCGUUAUCUUUGGUUCCAGUGUGGAUUUCUUCCUCAAAGCGCAUACAUUCGAGCCGAGUCCGGUUGUUGUGAUGAACGUUUUCAGAACACCGAAGGAAGCAAUAAGUUUGGCGAACAAAAGCAACGGUGGAUCGGUUUCAGUGUGGACCGAAGAGUUGUGCCUUGCCAUGGAAACGGCCUAUGCCGUGGAAGCACAGACCGUUUGGGUCAACACGUUUGCAAAAUUCAAUCCGGCGUUCCCAUAUUCGUUCCGCCGGAACGGUUACUGCUACGGAUCGGAGUAUGCGGUUUACGAGAAGAAGGUGAAAGUGGUAUUCAUUCCAUCGGUUGAACACCCCAAGAAUACAGUGGAGAAGAACAAGGCUGCCAUCAGUGCUCUCGGAGUGGUUUCUAGCGAAGUAAAAAAUCACCGCUUUGCGUUCGUGCGUAACGAGAAAAAUGUACACUACGAAGUCAUUAGCACCCCUUAUAAGCUUGAGAAAUACAACGAAGAUCAGCCAUUGCAAAUUGUUCAAAACUUCUGGGAAAAAUAUAUUUCGAUCGAUCAUAAUGAUAGGAACCUGGUGAUGGAUACUGUCUACAAUCAGCGCAAAACUGUUGUCAUUCCAUAUGGGAUUAGCUUUGCUAAUUAAAUAUUUUUUGUUGCAUAUCUAAUGUUAUUAAUGUAAUAAAUAAAUGAGAUUACAGAAUAAGAA